GACCUUUGGAGUUAAAAACUUAGGAGAGGCUUAUCUGUUUUCGAACUAAUGGCGUCUCCACUCAUGAGACUAACCGCGACGGCCAACGGCGGCGGCGGAGAUGCCGUCUACGUGGCGGCAGUGCCGCUGAGAGCGGCGGUAGGUCCGCCGCAGCUGGUCAUGUCGACGGCCUUCUCUCUUAAUCUCUGGGAUUUUCAGCACCUCAUGGUCCUUAUCAAACCUUCAUCUCCUCCUUCAGAGGUCUUCGUGUUUGAUUUCCAACCGCGAUGCCCAGAGAGCGUAGAAGCUGCAAUGGCGGUUCUAUCGGGCAAAUCGGUUCCAGGAGUCGUGUUGCAGAGAACGCUGAGGAACCUUCCGAGGCGCAAAUGCUGGCUUGUCGGAUCAUCUAAAGGUAACGCCUUGGACAUGGCUGCUGUGUUCAACAGCUCGUGGGAAACUGAUCUAAGAGUUGGGUAUCAUGACUGCCGAGAUUAUACAAACGGAUUAGUCGAGCAUCUGACCGGAGAAAAGCGAGUGGUGGAGCAGCUAAGAACAAACAACGGUUAAAUCCAAGAAUCGGCAAACGAAUUGGCAUCGGACUUGUGCUGGAUAAUAUCGAUUACAGGACAAGACAGAUCAAGAUUCUUGGACACAUAACUAAAAGAUUAUGUUGUGGUUCUUCCUUCCUUAUCUUGUUGGUCCAGAUUUUAGGGGCAAUAUUCAACAAAGAUUAUGGUAAUGAUCGUGAUCAGGAGGGGAGUGGAGUUAUCUUGAUCAGAAAAUGACGUCAACUCGUCCGGUCAACGACUUAUGACCGUACAGGACAAGAGAGUCAACGGCCGUUUGACUUUUAGCCCAUUGUUUCCUCCCCUUUUGUUUGUGUAUCUAUAUUUAUAUACAUAUGUAUUUAUGUCACGGAUUGCUUACGUAGUAUACUUAUACAAUGUCUUUUUAUU